ACAGAAGGGGGAGAAUUAUUGAUGCGAUUUGCGCGUGCGACCGGUCUCGGCAAUCAUUACGUUUACAAUUAUUGCGCGGUAGACUAAGUUUGUUCAGUCCAAAGGUUGCAUCUUCAACGAAUUAAAUCAAACUGAAAAAGAUAGGUAACAGAAUCAUACAGCACAAAUCCUAGUUGCUUCUGUCUUCGGACUAGAAGCAGGUAAAGGAUUCCUAAUUGCAAUCAAAAUGUCACUGUGGGCAAAAGCACAACAGUUACCACAAGAUGCAUUGCAAGAAGUACGGUCAGUUUAUGGAGAACAUUUUCCAAUUGAGGUUCGACACUUUUUAUCUUCUUGGAUAGAAGAAAAAAUGUGGACUGAUGUAGAGCCUGAUAACCCACAAUGUGAACAAUAUAUAGCUACUCUUGUUAGAUCUUUAAUUCAAGAAUUAGAAACUAAGGCAGCAUCAUUAAACACAGAUGACAUGUUUUUAACAAAAUUAAAAUUAAUGGAGGCUGCAAAAAAUUUUCGUCAGAGAUAUACACAUAAUCCUACAGCAUUAUUCAGAAUAAUUAGACAUUGUCUAGGGACAGAAAUGAAAUUAGUAGCUCAAGUGGAGAAUUUGGGAGGUGCAUUAAUGAGUAUGGCAGGAGGAAAAGUAGGAUUGAUUAGUGAUGCUGUUGCUGAAAUAGCCCAACAUGUUGAGUCUCUGCGACGUAGAACCCAAGAAACUGGAGAGGAUUUACGAAAAAUGGAACAAGAACAAGAAGCAUUUGCUAUUAGUUAUCAUGAAUGUACUAAACUAAAUGCACAUCUUCAACAUCUUGCAACACAGCCACAAAAUCAACAAAAUUUAGAUAUGGAGAAAAAAAUUAGAAGACAAAAAGAGCAACAAGAACAAUUAUUAAAUCAUAAAGUAGCAGGUUUAAUGCAAUUACGACUAACAUUAGCUGAUAAAUUGAAAGACACUAUUACUAGAUUAAAUAGUUUGCAAUCUAGAGUUUUAGAUGAUGAACUUAUUAGAUGGAAAAGGGAUCAGCAAUUAGCAGGAAACGGUGCACCAUUUAACAGCAAUUUGGACUCUAUUCAAGAAUGGUGUGAAAGUUUAGCUGAAUUAAUUUGGCUUAAUCGUCAACAAAUUAAAGAAGCAGAACGUUUAAAACAAAAAUUUGCAUUAGAACCACCAGGAAUGCAAGAUAUUCUUCCUGCUUUAAAUUCCCAAAUUACACAGCUUCUUAGUUCGUUAGUUACAAGUACAUUUAUUAUAGAAAAGCAACCACCGCAAGUAAUGAAAACCAAUACUCGUUUUACAAGUACGGUACGUUUGCUUGUUGGUGGAAAACUGAAUGUUCAUAUGACUCCUCCUCAAGUAAAAGUGAGCAUUAUCAGUGAAGCUCAAGCAAAUGCUUUAUUAAAAAGUGAUAAAAUGGCAAAGAAUGGAGAAGCUAGCGGUGAAAUUUUAAAUAAUACAGGGACGAUGGAAUAUCAUCAAGCGACAAGACAACUUUCUGUAAGUUUUCGUAAUAUGCAAUUGAAAAAGAUCAAAAGGGCAGAGAAAAAAGGAACGGAAUCUGUAAUGGAUGAAAAAUUUUCGCUUCUCUUUCAAUCACAAUUUAGUGUUGGAGGAGGUGAAUUAGUAUUCCAAGUUUGGACAUUAAGUUUACCAGUUGUAGUAAUUGUACAUGGAAAUCAAGAACCACAUGCCUGGGCUACAGUUACAUGGGAUAACGCGUUUGCUGAACCAGGAAGAGUACCAUUUGCAGUACCUGAUAAAGUUCCAUGGGGUCAAGUAGCUGAAGCAUUAAAUGUUAAAUUUAGAUCUGCAACAGGUCGUUCAUUAACAGAAGAUAAUCUACGUUUUCUCGCGGAAAAAGCAUUUCGCGGUGGGAACGCAAGUGGACAAGAUUACUCUAGUUUAUUUUUGAGUUGGGCACAAUUUUGUAAAGAACCAUUACCAGAAAGAAAUUUCACGUUUUGGGAAUGGUUUUAUGCUGUGAUGAAAUUAACCAGGGAGCAUUUAAAAAAUCCAUGGAUGGAUGGUUACAUACUUGGAUUUGUGAGAAAAAGGCAAGCAGAAGAAAUGUUAGCAAAUUGUGCAUCAGGAACUUUUCUAAUGCGUUUCUCAGAUUCUGAACUUGGUGGUGUUACAAUUGCUUGGGUUGGAGAUCAGACAGAAGUUUUUAUGUUACAACCAUUCACGAGCAAAGAUUUUACAAUACGCAGUUUAGCUGAUCGUGUGUCCGAUUUGCAACAUCUACUUUAUCUAUAUCCAGACAUAUCGAAAGAUCAAGCCUUUUCUAAAUAUUAUACGCCAUUUACAGAAAAUCAGUCUACAUCAGCGAAUGGAUAUGUGAAGCCAUUUUUGGUAACGCAUGUGCCUGGUUGGGGUGGACCUGGUAUUGGUGGUCAAACACCGUCACAUUCUUCCGUAGUAGGAGUAGGAAGUAAUGGUCAAAGUGGUCCUGGUAGUAGUUAUCCUGCAACACCAUCCACUAUAUUUCAAGCACACAGUCCAGAUCCUUCUGUAACGCGUGAUACUCCAUCAGUGGCUUCCAGCUACGCUCCGGGCCUUGGCCAGUCCAGCGUUGGGCGAACAAAUUCAGACAUGGACUAUGUGGAGCUGAUGAGUCACGGUGAACUACCCUCAAUUGACGAAAAUCUCAACUUGGAUCAGUUUAGUUUCUCCGAAUUCAUACAAUCGUACAACACUAAGCCACAAUAGGUAUGUCAGGCGCAAUAGGUAUAUUUCUUAUAUCUACCUAUCGAUCAAUUGUUCUUGUUUUUCAUCGCAAUGAUAUUUUUAAUCGUCUGCAUGACGGAUGUAGUCUGUUAUUAUUGUUGUUUUAUAGGGGAGGGAUGUAAAAAUGUUUUCGUUGUCUGCAAUAUAUAUAUAUAGAUUUUUGUCCCCGAGAAAACGUGGCAUAUCUUUCAUUUUGAUAGUAUAAAAGUGCAAUAUGUUUAAGAAAAAUCAAUUAUCAGUUAGUUAUAAACAAAUAAUUGAAAUUGAUCUUAGUUGAGUUGCAAUUACGUGUCUGAGUGUAUCAUGUACUCUGUGUGUGCCGUUUUACAAAAUUAAUACUUAGUUUUCAAUUCAGUACUUGUUACAUUAACGAUGGUGUAUCGUUUAAUGUUUGGAAUACAUGAUUGUAGAAACUGGUCUUAUAUUUUGUCAUUUAAGUUUUACUCGAAAACAAAUACCGUUUGGCACAAAAUGUCGAACAUUAUGUAUUUUAUGAUAAAACGUUACUAUAUAAUAUGUUAUUUUAAAUGCUAUAUUUUUACAGAAUAAUGAUAGUUUUUUACAGGUAUAACAUUGAAUGAACUUUGUCUUUUUCUUAAGCAUCUUAUGCAAAAAAUAACUUAUAAUAUAUGAUCUAGUAAAACUUCUAUGUAUUAAUUGAAGAAAAAUGCACAAGAGAUAAUGAUGCAAAUGAUGAUUAGAUUUAGAUGUGAAUUGACAGUAGAAUUGCUAUUAUAAUACGUGAAAUCUAAUACAGACAAUCAUUUCUACGUCCAGUCAUGUAUAUAGUGAAUUUACAGAAAAUAAGUAUUUUAAUUUAAUUUACUAAUGGAAUAGUAUGCCGAAAUGAGAAAACGGGAUUUUGUGCAACGCUAACAAAGAGUGUGUAUAACAUGUAAACAGUGUGACCUAAAUAUGUGCCUUAUGAUGAUCUUCGAAUUAAUGCUCGUUAUAUUUUUUGAGAGCUCUUACAAACAAGUUGCAUGUAUUUUUAGUAAAAAAAAUUUUGUCUUCGUCUCACUAUUUAACUUUGAUAAAGAAAUAACAUAUUUCCGUUUAAAUAUUCAAAUAUUCAAAAAUCAUUUAUGUUCAAAAAUUUUAUAUUCAAAAUUUUUGUGUUCAAAAAUAUUUUUUAAAAUUUUUGGAAAAAUCGAAAAUUUUCAUUUAUAUAACAUUGGUGUAUAACAUUUUUAAUUUUUCAAUUAAAAUUUUGAUAAUUUUUCAAUUACCGAAAUUAAAUUUUUUUAAAAGUUUUUAGAUCUCUAAGCAUAGGAAGUUUCUAUUGUCGAUUAAAAUAGAUAAUUCAUUUUUUAACUAUUGUUCCCUCCCCUGUAGUUUAUAUUCUCUAUUGAAAAUUCAAUUGUUGCGCAUAUAUAAAACAUCGAUGUACGCUAAAUUUCACUUUAAAUAGGGAUAGGAUUGAAAAUAGAGUUAUUCCUAUUAAAUUUACUAUAUAAAUAUUAUUAAUAUAAAUAUUAUAUGUAUAUAUAUGUACGUAUCAGUUCACAUACGUACAUAUUUAUGUAUGAGUGUGCAUGGAUGUACCUGAUCAUGUAUAUGCGUAUACGUACAUGCAUGUAUAUGUAUGGAUAUAGCUAAAUUUCUAAAGAAUGUAUGUCAAUAUUGUUUAUUAUUAAAUCUAUUGUCUAUUAUCCUUCAUCAAA